GGCCAGCAGAGGACUCGCUCCAGCUAAUCAUUUCAACAAAUGGCACCUGCUCGGUUCAAAGGAAAAGCCGGGAGGCCACGGAACUGCUGCGUCCUGGUUCGCUCUAAAGUCCACUCUGAAAACUUCAAGAAACCGGAGAGACCGCCGCGCGCUCACUUGGCAUCUUUCCACACGAAUAAAGAAAUAUCAGAUCAACCGGAACAGGUUGUAAGCGACGGCUGCUCGUCAGUUUUAGCCUUGAGGACCCCCAUCCUGAAACAUGCGUAUGUUCCUACGCCGGCGUAUGUCCCCCCUAAAGCUGGUGCUCCUUGGUGGGACUGUCUUCAUGGUGGUCCUGGUGGUUCUUCAGAGGGAUGUUGGGUCUUCACCUGCUGAUGACCCCUGGUUUCAGGAGCUGGUGGACAAGAAGGACAAGGUGAUGGUAAUGGUCCGAGACGCUGUCAACAACUUCGGCUUCCAAAUCGGAGCGCCACAGCCACCAUCAAGACAGGAGCAGCCCACCCAGGACAUCAACUGCCCCUCUGGGUUCUACACUCAGGCUGAGCUCAAACCUCACCUGGAGAGACUGCCCCAGGACCCUAGAAGCCCCGGGGCUGAUGGGAAGGCAUUUCAGAAAGACCACAUGUCCCCAGAGGAGGAGAAGGAAAAGGAGGAGGGUAUGACACGGCACUGUUUCAACCAGUUUGCCAGCGACCGCAUCUCGCUUAGCCGUAGUCUUGGGGAUGACACAAGGCCUCCAGAGUGUGUGGACAGAAAGUUUCGACGCUGCCCUCGUCUGCCUACCACCAGUGUUAUUAUUGUCUUCCACAAUGAGGCUUGGUCCACCCUCCUCAGGACGGUCUACAGCGUCCUGCACACUUCUCCUGCUAUCCUGCUCAAAGAGAUCAUCUUGGUAGAUGACGCCAGUGUUGCAGAGCACCUGAAGAGUCAACUGGAGGAAUAUGUGCAACAACUGAAGAUUGUCCACGUAGUGAGGCAGCAGGAGAGGAAGGGCCUCAUCACUGCCAGGCUUCUGGGUGCUAGUAUCGCUCAGGGCGAAGUGCUAACCUUUCUCGACGCACACUGCGAGUGUUUCCAUGGUUGGCUCGAGCCCCUGUUGGCCCGCAUCGUUGAGGAACCCACUGCAGUGGUUAGUCCUGAGAUCACCACCAUUGACCUUAACACCUUCCAGUUCAACAGGCCUGUGGCGACAAACCGCGCUUUCAACAGAGGUAACUUUGACUGGAGCCUGACUUUCGGCUGGGAGCCGAUUCCUGAGGAUGCGAAGAGGCUGCGCAAGGAUGAAACCUACCCUGUAAAAACCCCUACCUUUGCUGGAGGCCUCUUCUCCAUCUUGAAGACGUACUUUGAACACAUUGGAACAUACGAUGACAAGAUGGAGAUCUGGGGUGGUGAAAAUGUGGAGAUGUCUUUCAGGGUGUGGCAGUGUGGGGGUCAGUUAGAGAUCAUCCCUUGUUCUGUGGUGGGCCAUGUCUUUCGCACCAAGAGCCCCCACACCUUCCCCAAGGGCACAGAGGUCAUCACUCGCAACCAGGUGCGCCUGGCUGAGGUCUGGAUGGAUGAUUACAAGAAGAUCUACUAUCGCCGCAAUAACAAUGCUGCAACUAUGGCCAGAGAGAAUAAGUAUGGGGACAUCUCUGAUCGUCUGAAAUUGAGAGAGAGGCUUCAGUGCAAGAACUUCACCUGGUAUUUAAACACAGUCUACCCAGAGGCCUUCAUUCCAGACUUAACCCCAGAAAAGUUCGGAGCAAUUAGAAACUCAGGAUCUAAUACCUGUCUGGAUGUUGGAGAGAACAACCAGGGAGGUAAACCGUUGAUCAUGUACCAGUGUCACAACAUGGGAGGCAACCAGUACUUUGAAUACUCAUCUCAUAAGGAGCUGCGCCAUAACAUUGGGAAGCAGCUGUGUCUUCAUGCCACACCCCAGUUAGAGCCGGUGAAGAUCGAUCUAUGCCAGCGGAAGGGGAAGGGCACCAGUUUGGCACCGCAACAGGAGUGGAUCUUUACAGAAGAAAAUCUUCUGAGGAAUCCCAGUAGUGGCCAAUGUUUACGGUUGAAAGGAGACCAAAUUCAGAUGGACUACUGUAAUGGUGCUGACCUCUUCCAGCACUGGACCUUCAGCUGACCUCCCAGUCUGCCCAUCAGGUGACCUCUGGCACCAUGUGUCCCCUUCCUCAGACUCCGCUCCGAGAAGCCAACUUAACAUUGAUCCAGGAGGGCUUCAUGCUGUGGAGCUUGGAGCAUUUGGCCAUACUGAGUUGACAGUUAAGGAUGGAGGACAAUAAAGACAGUCACAUCUGUUGAAGACGCUCGGGUUGGCCUUAAUCUAUUUUAAAUUUAUUUACGAUGAAACUCCGGAAAGGCAUUUGAUGGUGGCUGGGCAUUAUGAAACAGAAUGUGAACUUUGCAUUCAGGAGUGGCAGCUUGACUGUGGGGCAGUGGCCGUCAACUGCAGUGACCUUAAUUCAGUGAAUUUACACUCCAGCUAAAAUCACGAUUCAUGUGACUUUUUUUUUGUGGUCUGACAAUGAAUGUUGAAAUGUUUUACAAAACAGUAAGAGAUGUUUGUUUUUUUUAAAUAAAAAAAACUAUGUU